GUCCUAAGGACUUCUUGGGUCCCAAUUUUUUUCGGUUCGAUCCCAAUCCAUCCCGGUAGAUCUUUUUGGUCCUAGUCAUUUUGAUCAUCUCUAUUUCCGGUUCAAAUCUCAAUCUAUUCGGAUCUGUGUUUUUGGUCUUAGUCUUUUUGUUCAUCCCUACCAAUGGGCUUUGAGUUACGGAGUAUGUACAAGCACGGAGUACUAUUCUAUGGAGGGUGAAGUCUACGGAGGCGAUGUCUCCGUCUUCCCCACUAUCAUCUUUGGAGAAGAAACGUUGCCACGACGAUGAGAUGGAUGCCUUGCUCCAAUUCAAGCACACCUUUCUCAACACCAAUCACUUUGUGGAACAUGUUGGUGGGUAUGUACUUAGGCACUGUGUUUCAAAGCCGAAACUGGAGUCAUGGGAAGAAGGACGUGAUUGUUGCUCGUGGGAGGGCGUGGAGUGUGAUGAACAAGAUGAUCAUCAUGUCAGGCUUGACCUCUCAUGGAAUGACUUCAACUCUUCUCACAUACCGUCGUCGAUUGGAAACCUCUCAAAUCUCACUCAUCUCAACCUGGAGGGUUCGAAAUUCAGUGGCCAAAUCCCACAACAACAGCUCUCGAAGAUCACCACUAUGGUUUCCCUGGACUUGUCUUCGAAUUUCGGGUUGGAAGUUGGUAGUCUGAAAGGACUUGUUCAAUAUAUGAUCAACUUGAAGGAGCUCCAUCUAUCGUACGUGAACAUCGCUUCUUCAGCUCUACCUCGCGACCUCCUCUCUAAUUUCUCGUCUUUGGAAUCUCUUGAUCUUUAUGAGUGUGGGCUGAAGGGAGAGUUUCCCGUGGCCAUUUUCAAUCUCCCGAAGCUCAAUCUAAGUGGCAAUCGAGAUAUCAAAGGCCAUUUGCCCAACUUCCAUUCGGGGAGUCCUCUUAAAUCGUUGAGGCUCGAUCAUACGAGUUUUGGGGGAGUGUUGCCUCCCUCCAUUGGGAAUCUGGCCUCUUUGGAAGAGAUAGAACUCAACCAUUGCAAUUUUACAGGGAAGCUUCCAAAGUCACUUGGUAAUCUUGCCCAACUUGUUUCUUUGGAUUGUAGCAAUAUAUGGGAUGGUAAUCACUUCAACUCUGAUAGUCUUACAACUUCUUCCUUGUCAUGGAUUGGUGAGCUCACCAACCUCACUAAAUUGACCCUUGGAGGCAUGAACCUCACUCGACUUACUCACCUAUAUAUCAAUGAUAACCAACUUAUCGACCUUAGGAAUAAUAUGCUACAAGGACCUCUUCCAAUCCCACCACCUUCUUCUUCCUCCUUUUUCUCAUCCUACCUUAUUUCAAACAACAAUUUGUCAGGUCAAGUCUCAAAUCUCAUUUGCAAUUUCACAUCCCUUAGAUUUUUUGAUCUGUCAUUCAAUGGAAAACUGCCAUCAAAGCUCAUCGACACCUCGAACCCCAUGAGAAGCUCAAAUGCAAGUCACACAUUGGAAUACAUGGAGCAUAACUUGCAACUAUAUGCCAUGGGGGUGUAUGAAGAUUUCAGUCCAUUUGAUUACUCAAUGACCAUCUAUAACAAAGGGAAAGCAGUUCUGCACCUAUGACUCCACAUCAUAUGAAGGGAAUCCUAGAUUGUUCAUUGAACCGUGGAGCAAGCAGUGCGGGAAUGCGAGGUCUUUGCCUCAAAUGCAGCAGCCUCUAUCCCCUUCAAAUGAAGAUGAUGACUCGGAGUCUGGCUUUAAAAUAGAGUGGAUGAUAAUAUCGAUUCGAAUUGUAGGUGGUUUGGUUGUCAGAGUGAUCCUUGGGAACGAGUUGAUUGCAAGAAAACAGUAUUGGUUCGCCAAGACUUUGGCAAGGAUUGGGAU